AUGCACAGCGCUCGACUUGACAGCUUUCUGGGCCACCUUCGCUGGGAACUGGUGUGUGGCCGGGACCCAGGGUCACCUCAGAUGCCUGGUUCCCUGCGGCCACCCUCCAAACCUGGCCCAGGUGUAAGGCCCAGCUACCAACUCAGGGCUUCAGACGCCUCUGAAGAAGACUCUGCCUGCUGUGUGGAAGAGGAGGAUGAGGAAGAAAUUGUGAUGACAGGGGACAGGGAUGCAGCAUUGGGGGGGCCUAGGGAGCACACCCUAGACUGGGACUCUGGCUUCUCAGAGGUAUCAGGGAGCACAUGGCGAGAGGAAGAGUUGCUUGUACUCCAGCAUCCAGCACCCCCAGCCAGGCCCCCUCAUAGCCAGCGCCUCUCAGCCAGUGGCUUCCCCUUGCCUAACAGGGCCUCUUUGGCCAGUGCACCACCUGCCCUUCGGCCACGGCCCAAAUCCACCCCAGAUGCCUGCCUGGAGCACUGGCAGGGACUGGACACAGAGGACUGGACCACAGCCCUGCUGAGCAGGGGUCGAAGUCGCCAGCCACUGGUACUGGGGGACAACUGCUUUGCCGAUUUAGUGCACAACUGGAUGGAGCUGCCUGAGGCGGGAAAUGAGGGGGCUAGUGGGGGUGGGCCCCGUUCCCGCACACGGCCCCCACAAUUUCUGCUUGGCCUCUCUGAGCAGCUGCGGCGCCGGCUGGCUGGGGCACGACGGGCAGCCAUGGCAGGAAAGCGGCUGUCAUGCCCACCUCGCCCUGAACCUGAGCUGCCUGCAGACAUCUCACGCUUUGCUGCCCUCAUGAGUUGUCGCAGCCGCCAGCCCAUCAUCUGCAAUGAUGUCAUCAGCUACCUCUGA